AUGGCAUCGGCCACCCUUCUCCUCCUCCUUUCCUUCCCUUUCCUUGCCAUCUCUGGUCACUCAUCCUCCCUCCAAAACUACAUCGUCCAUGUACGCCGCCCGAACAACCUUUUCAAGUCCGACAACACCAGACUCCAAAGAUACUACCUUUCCUUCCUCCCCGCAAGUCCCACCAUUUCCUCUUCUUCCCGCUUGCUCUACUCUUACCGCGAAGCCAUCACCGGCUUCGCCGCCCAGCUCACCGCAGAGGAAGCCAUUUCCAUGUCAUCCAAACCCGGCUUCCUCCGCGCCUAUCCAACUCCAACCUACAAACUGACGACCACCCACACCCCCACCUUCCUUGGACUCCGCUCAAACACCGGCCUUUGGCACCAUUCCAACCAAGGCGAAGGCAUCAUCAUCGGAAUGCUCGACACUGGAAUCGCUUCCAACCACCCUUCUUUCGCCGACGUCGGGAUUCCCUCAGCUCCUCCCCACUGGAAAUCACCAUGCCAGCUUCCACCCUCCGCACCGUGCAACAAUAAACUCAUCGGCGCGCGCAGCUUCGUCGGAAAGAAUGCCUCUGACUUCCACGGCCACGGCUCUCACACCGCAAGCACUGCCGGCGGCAACUUCGUAGGCAACGCUAAUGUGGUUGGUCAAGCCAACGGCACGGCUUCCGGCAUCGCUCCGCGCUCGCACGUUGCAAUUUACAAAGUCUGCGAUCUAGAAGGCUGUAGCGGAGCUGAUAUAACCGCGGGGUUCGAUUUUGCGAUACAAGAUGGCAUUGACGUGGCUUCCCUUUCCCUGGGAGGCGGCUCAGCUUCUUUCGCUACUGACCCUAUCGCCAUUGCGGGUUUCCGCGCUUUUCAGAAAGGAAUUACGGUUGUCUGCGCCGCAGGUAACGAUGGGCCGUAUUCGGGAUCUCUCUCCAACGAAGCUCCGUGGCUUAUCACCGUCGGAGCUUCAACGUUGAACCGGAUUCUCAAGGCCGUUGUGCGUCUCGGGAACGGGGAAGUGUUUGUGGGGGAAGCUCUGUUUCAGCCAAGAAAAUUCUCAUCUCGGCAACAAUUUCAGCUAAUUGCGCCCAAUUCAUGCGAUAAACACCCUGCCGCAAGCCUGAAAGGGAAGAUAGUUCUCUGUGAAUCAGUCGCCAAUAUCCCCGCGAUUAAGGCUGCAGGGGGAGUGGCGGUCAUACUCAAGAAUAAUAAAAUUGUGGGCGCAACGAUCGUGCUUGAUCUCCAAUCAAUGCCUUCUUCUUCAGUCACCUUCGAAGACGGAGCUAAAAUCUCCGCAUACGCCGGCUCGGCUAUCAAUCCGACCGCCUCCAUAGAGUUCUGCGGAACAGUGAUAAGUAAUAAUUCAUCUCCUUCGGCGCCAAUGGUGGCUUAUUUCUCAUCAAGAGGUCCCAGCUUGUCAAGCGCCGGGAUUCUUAAGCCGGAUAUCAUAGCCCCUGGCGUCAACGUGCUAGCCGCUUGGCCCAGGCCUAUUAGCAAAGAUAGUAACCACAACGGCGAGAGCCGGCGAGAGGCUGAAUUCAACAUCAUCUCAGGGACGUCUAUGGCGACGCCGCAUAUCUCAGGAGUGGUGGCUUUAUUAAAAAAGGCUCACCCAAACUGGUCUCCCGCAGCGAUCAAAUCCUCCAUAAUGACAACGGCUGACAUGGUGGACGAUAGGGGCAAGCCAAUCAUGGACGAGAAGCUGAAGCCUGCGGACUACUUCGCGUUGGGUGCUGGGCACGUUAACCCGCAGAAAGCGAUAGACCCGGGGCUGGUCUACAACAUCUCCGGCGAUGAUUACAUUCGAUAUAUCUGCGGCGUGGGAUAUUCGGACGACGAUGCAACAAUAAUUGCCGGACGGGAAGUGAGCUGCGCUCGAGUGGGGCAAAUAGCGGAGGCCGAGCUGAACUAUCCUUCCAUUUUGGUGGCGAUGAAUGGAACGAAGAUGACGGUGAAUAGGAAGGUGACGAAUGUAGGGGAGGCUGGGUCGAGAUAUAAGGUGGAAGUUGAGAGUCCAAAAGGUGUUAAGGUGAAGGUGAAGCCGCAGAAGUUGAAGUUCAGAGAGGUGGAGGAAGAGAAAAGCUUUUCUGUGACUUUCAAGAGAAUUGAUGGUGCAACGGAAUUGCGGAGAUGGGCGCAGGGAAGUUUGAGAUGGGUGUCAGCGAAACGCGUGGUGAGGAGUCCAAUUGUGGUGACGUUGAAGGUUUAG